AUGGGUUUCCCAACGUUUAAUAACCCCUUUAAGCGGGAACGCCAGAACUUCCCAGGAGUCGUGAUUCCGCUAUCCGAGGCCCCUCUCCGCUCACGCUCGACCUCUGAUUCCGAAAAGGAGAAGAAGGACGACUCCUUCAUUGACCAUUCCAAGUCUCUGGAUCGCGCUCCCUCUUCGGAGACUGGCUCUGCUGGCUCUAUUCCUGAGUCCAGCCACUUGACCAUUGAGGUUCUCCGUGCGGAGAUUGACGCCGAGGCAGCGAGCUCCGGCCAAGACUCGAUGUAUGAUCGCAAAGCAAAGGUGAUCAACAGGGCUAUCCAGGAUAUCGGUAUGGGUCGGUACCAGUGGGAGUUGUUCGCCCUCUGUGGCUUUGGAUGGACUGCCGACAACCUCUGGCUUCAGGGAGUUGCCCUAACCCUGACUCCCAUUCAGUAUGAGUUCGGUCUCUCCGAGUCAGAAGUCCGUUUCACCACUUGUGCGUUGUUCCUUGGACUUUGCAUCGGUGCCUCCUUUUGGGGUAUCGCUUCUGAUAUCAUCGGCCGUCGUCCGGCUUUCAACUGCACCCUGUUCCUGGCUGGUGUCUUCGGCCUGGCCUCGGGCGGUGCUCCCAACUGGAUUGGUACAUGUGCCCUGUUCGCCUGCCUGGGUCUCGGUGUCGGUGGUAACCUGCCCGUCGACGGUGCCACUUUCCUGGAGUUCCUGCCCUGUGAAUCUGGCAACUAUUUGACCAUGCUGAGUGUCUUCUGGCCGAUCGGUCAACUGAUUGGCAGUCUGUUUGCCUGGGCUUACAUUCCCCUCUUCACCUGUGACCCCACGGUCGAGACCUGCACCAAGGAGAACAACAUGGGCUGGCGCUAUCUGGUCCUUACUCUGGGUGCCAUCACCUUUGCCAUGUUCUGUGCCCGUUUCUUCCUCUUUCACCUGUAUGAGUCGCCCAAGUAUCUGCUGUCUCGCGGCCGCCAGGAUGAGGCUGUUGCUUCGGUUCACGGCAUCGCCUACCGGAACAAGGCCAAGACCUGGCUGACAACCGAGAUCCUAAACGAGAUCGGCGGUAUCGCUGAGACCAAGGAGCAGGAGAAGCUCUCCGUCGUCGAGAUCAUCAAGCGAUUCCUGUCCAAGUUCUCGAUGGAGCGCAUUGGGCCUCUGUUCGCCAACAAGCGUUUGGGCUUCACCACAGUGAUCCUUUGGUUCUGCUGGGCCACCAUCGGUAUGGGAUAUCCCCUCUUCAAUGCCUUCCUGCCCCAGUACCUUGGUAGCACCAGCAGCUCGACCUACAUCACCUACCGCAACUACGCCAUCACCUCGAUCGUUGGUGUUCCCGGCUCCAUCCUGGCCUGCUACACCGUCGAGAUCAAGUACAUCGGUCGUAAGGGUACCAUGGCCAUCGCCACCCUGAUCACCGGUAUUUUGCUGUUCUGCUUCACUGCUUCCACCGACUCCAACGUCGUGCUCGCUUGCACCUGUCUCGAGGCCUUCUUCCAGAACAUCAUGUACGGUGUCCUGUACGCCUACACUCCCGAGGUGUUCCCCGCCCCCAACCGUGGCACUGGCACCGGCAUCGGUAGCUGCUUGAACCGUAUCGCCGGUCUCUGUGCCCCACUGGUCGCCAUCUACGGAGGCUCCACCAGUCCCACGGCACCCAUCUACGCCUCCGGUGCUCUGAUUCUCGCCUCUUUCGUGGCAAUGGUCUUCCUGCCCAUCGAGACUCGCGGCAGACAGGCACUCUAA